AUGUUUGGAGAUCCCGCCAGGUCGCGGCAGGCUAAGGAAAAAACGCUGAACUAUGAGGGGAAAGAAUACAAAGGCUGAAAGUUUGCUACCAUCGAGCACACUGGAGAAAAAUUUGAUGCGGCCUUUUUUGAAGCAGUGGCAAAACUAUAUAAAUACUUUGAAGGAAGCAACAACCAAGGGGCUAAGAUGAGUGUGGUAGAUUCAAUGUGUGCCACUGCACUGCCUGCAGAUGAUGGGACACUGCAGCCGAAGGUGAAAGUCUCGCUACAGAUUCCAAGCCAGUUCCAGGCCAGUCCUCCUUCACCCGCUAUUAAGAGCAUCUGGAUUGAAGAGAGAGGGGAAAUGGCUGUUUUCUUCAUGACAUUUGACAGCAAUGCCAAAGGAGAGGAGUAUAAGAAUGCUGGAGGAGACUCUUGAGAGUCCCAUGGACUGCAAGAAGAUCAAACCUAUCCAUUCUUAAGGAAAUCAGCCCUGAGUGCUCCCUGGAAGGACAGAUCGUGAAGCUCAGGCUCCAAUACUUUGGCCACCUCAUGAGAAGAGAAGAAUCCUUGGAAAAGACCCUGAUGUUGGGAAAGAUUGAGGGCACUAGGAGAAGGGGACGACAGAGGACAAGAUGGUUGGACAGUGUUCUCGAAGCUACGAACAUGAGUUUGACCAAAUUGCGGGAGGCAGUGGAAGACAGGAGUGCCUGGCGUGCUAUGGUCCAUGGGGUCACGAAGAGUCGGACACGACUAAACGACUAAACAACAACAAUAAGAAUUAUGCAGCUAAGCUGAGAUCUGCAGUAGGAACUGAGAAAGCUGACCAUAAACAGCUAUACGUAUAUUUGCAGCAGCUAUGAUCCCCAAAACAAGUACUUCGGGAAUCGUCAUGAGGUUUCACUGCGGAAGAAGUGAGCAGUCCAAAAACAAGAAAGCUGCAGCAAUUGGGGAAGGUUGAAGGAGGAGGAAAAUAUCCACAGGGGCUAUAGAAAGCUGGUGUGUGUUUUGAAAUUUACCCAGCAUGUUUUGAGCAUAUUGCUUUUUAUCAAAAGUUGUUCCAGCUUUGCUGCUUUCUUUCAUGAGCCAUAAGUUAUAUUUCUUGGGCUGUUUCCCAUCCAAAACAGAAUGGCGGAAGUAAAAUACAAUUAAUGAAGAGAAAUGCACUCAAAAAACAUUGGGUGAGCCCAAAAAUAAAUACCUUAAAUCAGUGGAGGGUUUUUCUGCCACCAAAACAAGUGAGCAGUCUCAUUACCUCAUUGUUGAUAGGGUGUUCACAUUCUACUAUCCCCCCCCCUUAGUUCAGAAUAUAUAAAAAAAACUGUUAUGGGGGGAAGGUCCUUAUUCUGAGUUUGCAUGUUUCUACUGCCUUUUGGUUGUGACCUCAACAAUGUCAGCUAGAUCUCUCCCAAAGUUGUCCAGAGGGAUAAUAAGACAGCUGUACUUACAAGCCAGUAAAACUGGCACCUGUUAACAGAUGGGUAUUUCCUGCAGCACUGCCAACCUGUUACACUCACCUGACUUGGGAGAUAAUUUCUAUCCUUAGUCCAAGUCAACCCUAGAGGCUACUUUCAAGUGAGGUACACUGACAGUGCAGUCCACAAACUCCUGAAAUGGGUGUUCUUGUCCUUGGAGCCAUGUUUGCAUUAGAAUUAGUAGGAGCUGCAUCACUGGCAACAGCAACUCUC